AUGAUUUCAACUGGUAGUAAUAUCAAUGAUUAUUGUGCUAAAUGUUGUAAGCAACGCAUCACAUUCUUCAUAGCAUUCAAUCUUCAAGUUUUAUACUCAAUUUCUUACAGCAUCACAGUACAAUUAAUCAUUCUUUGGGAACCUAGUAAAGGACAGAUUAUUUCUGGCAAUUCCGAUGUUGGUAGCGGUUUUCGCAAUAAAAGCGCCAAUACCGUACGUUCAUUUAGAGUUGACAAUGAACUGAGUGCUAUUCAAAACGGCAUAUAUUGCGUGGUAAAGAACGGUAGAAUAUAUGUAAAUGGCAGAUAUAAACGUAAAAUGCAAGCAAAAGAUUAUUCAAAUUUGAAUCAAUACAAACAAGAUGUUGCAAAGUGGUCUGCAAGUCUUGCCGAUCAUAUACAAUUGAGUUUUCCAUGGGAUCCUAGAAAUCCGCAACACAAUGAAUUUCCGUGGAAUCCUGCAGCCUUUCCAGGUAAAAGGCGUCGACGAGCAGUGAUACCUUUUCCACCUUUGCCACGAUUUUGCUACGAGUAA